AUGGCGGAACACAUAUCUGACCCUACUGGGCUGCGAAGCAGUACGGGAUAUAUGCCAAUUGAACAAUAUGGGUUGAUAGGAAACAUGCACACCAGUGCUCUAGUGGCCNNUGACUUUGAUUCACCAUCUGUUUUCUGUCGCAUGCUGGACAAGAACAAGGGUGGUCACUUCAACAUCGGUCCUCCUCCAGGUCUGAAGAUCACCACGAAGCAACAAUAUCUGCCUAGCAACAACAUUCUCCAAACCAGAUAUCUGCACGACGAUGGCGUCUUGACUCUUACAGACUUCUUCCCACGUCCUCUCAAAGUCGACAAACUUGGCCCUUCAGUCGGACAUGGCAGUACUAUCGAUCCUCGCAGCGGUCUCAAGAAGUGGCUGGUCCGAAGAGUCGAGUGUAUCAGAGGUGCUACAGACGUCAACGUGGAAGUCUUCCCUGCUUUCAACUAUGCUCAGGACUCUCACACCACCGAGAUUGUGAAAACCGACGACGAGGCACAGCGGGUUGUACACUUCCGCUCUGAGAAGUUGUCCUUGGAGCUUGUGGCCACUAUUGAUUGUGGUGACGAUUCUCCUUGCCCAGAGUUUUCCUUCUCGAAGAAACAGAUUGACGGCUGUUCUUUGGGUGAAGGUGUGACUGCAACGAUCAAUCUCAAAGAGGGCCAAUCCAUUUCCUUUGUGCUGAGAGACCUCGAAGAAAGCAACAAGGAAACCAUCUCCACUGCUCUUCUUGACCAGAUCCAACAGGACACUUCGACUUACUGGUUCAACUGGAUCUCCAAGUCAAAGUACAAGGGACGCUGGAGAGAAGUCGUCAGCAGAAGUCUGAUGAUUUUGAAGAUGCUCACGUAUGAACCAACGGGAGCCAUUGUUGCGGCACCCACCUUCUCUCUGCCCGAAGACUUUGGCGGUGGUAGAAACUGGGACUACAGAUUCUCGUGGGUCAGAGAUUCGUCUUUUACCAUUUACAUACUUCUCCGCAUGGGCUUCACCGAAGAGGCAGAAGCGUACAUGAACUUCCUCAGCGACCGCCUGAUUGACUCUCGCAAACCCGAUGGCGGUCUUCCAAUCAUGUUCUCCAUCCGUGGUAGUACCGACCUUCCAGAGAUUGAACUCUCCCACCUAUCCGGCUACCAAGACAGUAAACCCGUCCGUAUCGGCAAUGGCGCAGCUUUCCACAAGCAACUAGACAUCUACGGAGAAAUGAUGGACAGCAUCUACUUGUACAACAAAUACGGCAAGCCAGUGAGCUACGACCUCUGGGUCGCAGUCAGANNAAAACUCACAGACUACGUUUGCGGCAUCUGGAAAGAAACCGACAUGUCAAUCUGGGAAGUCAGAUCCGCACCCAUGAACUACACAUACUCAAAGAUCAUGUUGUGGGUAGCCAUCGACCGCGCCCUACGCCUAGCCGACAAACGCUGCUUCCCCUGUCCAAACAGGAUGAAGUGGUUGGAAACCCGCGACCAGAUCUACGAUGAUGUGAUGGAAAAGGGCUACAACCACGAGAUGAAGUGCUUCAUUCAAAGCUAUGAAAGCAACGAAGUCUUGGAUUCUGCAGUCUUGAUUGCUCCUUUGGUGUUUUUCAUUGCGCCUAAUGAUCCUCGCUUUACCUCUACCCUUGAACAAAUCCUUCUUGCGCCAGANAAAGGUGGUCUCACCUCUACUGGCCUGGUCUACCGCUACAACACUUUAAAAUCCGAUGAUGGCGUUGGAGGCCGUGAAGGCGCAUUUUCCAUGUGUACUUUCUGGUUAGUGGAAGCACUAACCCGUGCGGGCGCCUACGACAAAAAGUAUCUCAUCAAAGCCAUCAACAUUUUCGAGAACAUGUUGAGCUUCUCGAAUCAUUUGAAUAUGUUUUCGGAGGAGAUUGCUAGGAGUGGAGAGCAGCUUGGAAAUACUCCUCAGGCGUUUUCGCAUUUGGCUUUGGUUAGUGCUGCGUUCAAUCUUGAUCGCGUGACUCAGGGAAGUGGCGGCAUGUAA